CUUUCCCCUCCCUCCGCGGCCAGUAGUGAUGGCGUCACCGAGACCACGCCCACCCCUCGGAAGACCCAUUUCCGAUCUGCACCAGAGCAUGAGAAUCUUAUGGAAGCCAUUGGGAUUCUCAAGAAGACUUCUUCAAGUAGAAUGGUGUCACCCCAGUGAAUCGGUAUCCUUGUCCGCAAUCACAAGGACAUCGGUACCAAGGCUUAGGAAAUCACCUAGUAUCUUUUGGUUGGGUCAGAGACAAGGAUUCUCAACCAUGCCAGAAACAGAAGCAAGUAUGAGAGAUCCUGAGUUAUUUUCACCACCUUCUGGUGUUCGAGGAAUGACAGAACUGGACAGGACAGCUUUUAAAAAGACAGUGUCCAUCCCAGUGCUCAAAGCGAGGAAAGAAGUCGUCAACAGAUUGAUGCGCGCCCUUAAGAGAGUAGCCCUGCAGCGCCCGGGCAUAAAGCGUGUCAUUGAAGAUCCCGAAGAUGAGGACAGUAGACUCAUCAUGUUGGAUCCCUUCAAAAUGCUUUCCGUUGAGUCCUUUGAGAAAGCAGAACUCGGUGCUUUAGGAGACCUCGAUGUCAGUCCACAGUUAUCCGAAUACAAUUUGGAACUAACUUAUGAAAACUUUAAGUCAGAAGAAAUUUUGAGAGCUGUGCUUCCUGAAGGUCAAGACGUGACCUCAGGGUUCAGCAGGGUUGGGCACAUCGCACACCUGAAUCUCCGAGACCAUCAGCUGCCGUUCAAGCAUUUAAUUGGCCAAGUUAUGAUUGACAAAAACCCAGGACUCACCUCGGCAGUAAAUAAAACCAGCAAUAUUGAUAAUACAUACCGAAAUUUCCAAAUGGAGGUGCUGUCUGGAGAGGAGAAAAUGCUAACCAAGGUUCGAGAAAAUAAUUACACAUAUGAGUUUGAUUUCUCCAAAGUCUAUUGGAAUCCUCGUCUCUCUACAGAACACGGCCGGAUCACUGAACUUCUCCGCCCUGGAGAUGUCUUGUUUGAUGUUUUCGCUGGGGUCGGGCCUUUUGCCAUACCCGCAGCAAGGAAAAACUGCACAGUAUUUGCCAAUGAUCUCAAUCCUGAGUCCCAUAAAUGGCUGCUGCACAACUGUAAACUGAAUAAAGUCGACCAAAAAGUGAAAGUCUUCAACAUGGACGGAAAAGACUUCCUCCAAGGGCCUGUCAGAGAAGAGUUAAUGCGUCGGCUGCUGUCGACCGAAGCAAAACCCUCUGUCCACGUUGUCAUGAACUUGCCAGCCAAGGCCAUAGAGUUUCUCAGUGUUUUCAGGUCUCUCCUGGAUGGGCAGCCGUGCAGCAGUGAGCUCCUUCCCACAGUGUAUUGUUACUGUUUCUCCAAAGACGCCAAUCCUGCUAAGGAUGUUUGUCAGCGGGCUGGAGAUGUGCUAGGUGUUCCCUUGGAGGCCAGGAGUUCAGUUCACCUUGUGAGAAACGUGGCCCCUAACAAGGAAAUGCUGUGUCUCACCUUCCAGAUUCCUGCUGCUACACUGUACAAGACCCAGGCCCUCAGUGUAGAGAAUCCCGAAGAGCCAUCUCUCAAACGGCAGAGGACAGAUGAUUCCUUCUCAAAACCACAAAUCACAUCAGAUUCUUAGUUGGAGAUGCUUUCUCCAUCUCCCCAGUAAAUUUUUUGUAAAGAAGUACAAUUUGUGUGAUUUUAUAAACUUUAACUAUCAGGUAUCUGUAAUUGAGCCCUUAUGUUUUGCUCUUAUAAAUGGAACAUUACCAAAGUAAAACUUAACUGAAAUAA